CGCUCAAGUGCUUGGCCCGCUUCUGUGCCAAGAGCUGCGUUUCAGUCCUUCCUCGCUUCGCACCUUAGUCAGAGCCAAUCUCACAAUAUCGGACGCCAGCCAUCAAAGUCAUCGCCGAGUCUGGCGUUUCAUCAGUUCUGUCGCGAACUGCGUGUUCAAUAUGAAACCUCUGGGACGCUUGCGUUCCCGUGCAAGUGAAUUGAAUUAAGGCACGGUUUAUUUUUGAACGGAAUAAUCGAUCAGAAUUUUAAUUAAACGGAGCAAACGCAAAUGUAUCAUGAUUCAAAAAAGUUCUGUGCCAAAGUGAAUGGAAAGUACACCUUAAAUUCAAUUAUACGAUCUGAAAAAACCCAAAACUUCAAGAAUUGGAAAAAUUCGUAUAAUUUGGUGCUCGAAUGUGUAAACGUUUUUGGAAAAGUUAAACUAUUCAAGUUGUGAAUCAGUCAAUGAAGCUUGUGUACGAAAUGGUUUUGUUUUUCUACCAUGGCCCAUAUAUGUGGAUGGGAUUGUGAAAAUUGUCUGGCCAUAAUUCUCCGCAAAUUGCGAUUGAAGGAGGUCAACGACAAAUUUGAAUCGCUACAAACUCGCUUUGUCGGCGACUCAGCAAAUUAACAUACCACCAAAAGUGAAUGUUGCUGUUAACGGAACUAGCAUAAAAGGCUCCUUUGGACUCUAUUACAAAUAGAUUCAUCCAAGCAAACAAAAGCCAAGGCUACUUAAGUGAUAAAUAAGCAUUCAAAUAUACAAUAAUACAUACAACAUUUGUGUGCUUAGAAGUGUGCCCAAUAGAAAAGAAAUUUCAAAUAAAUUUAACGCUGACUGCCGAAAAGUCUGUCCUGACAAAGUUUUAUGAACCGUGUUGUGCGUCUUGUCAAGAAAUCGACCCAAUUAAUGAGAGAUUUUGACAGUGAUGUGACGGCCGAAAAAAUAGAAUAAGCCAAAUUGUCAUCAAAUAAGCCCGCGUUAGUUGGCUUAAGUGCGACUUUGAUUGAAUACGUCUGGAAUUGUCUGACUUAAAAUACUUACUAUGCCGCAACGACAACUCACAUUGGAUUACAAAUAAAUGGAAAACUUAUAUCAAUCUUGAACUUUGACUGCAAGCACAGCCCAUUCGCUGUCUUGAUCCAAAAUCAAGUGUCCUGUAUGCAGGCCUGAGAAGUACUGAACAAAGCGACAAACAGAUCAAGUUCUUAAAUAUAUGCGAUAUUUGCUUAACAAGUGAAGGCAGGCAGCCUAAAGAAAAACAAUCUAACAAUCUAAGCUCUGACACAUUCAGUCAAUUGAGCUGGCCCUUUCAGUCAGGGCUCUAUUAGCAUAUGCUCUGAUGCAGCUGCUGGCCGAGAGCCUCAAGCGAAGCGGAAAUAAGUCCAUUUAGGGAGCGGACAGCAGAACGGCUCCGAGCCGGGAACGCCGCGGCUGGACUCUAAUUGCAGAUGAGCAUUGCUGCUGUCGGAACGCAAACGAAUUGUGCGUAGGCCUUGCAAAGAACGUCUAACUACAUAGAGAAAUCCUUUGUCGAAGGAAGGGCUCCGUUUUGCUAACUGGUGACAGGCCCGCCCCACGGCAAAGGCUUCGAGAUGGAGAUAGAGAUGGUGCCACAAGCCAGCCCGACCCGGGUCCGCACGCGGUCUCGCCUCGGCUGCCUGCGUCUAGGACUCGCACUGCUGGCCUUGAUAUUGGCGCAGUCCUUUGACUAUGUUCUGUGCGGCGAGAAAUUGGCUCUUUUAUCGGCCACACUGCGCACAUAUCAGAAGGCGGCCUGUGAUACGGAUCAGGUGGUAAUUGCUUGCCCGCGCGGCACCAGCAUUUCAAUUGAAUUUGCUCAGUACAACAAGUUUGUGGCGAAAGAUGGCUACAGCAUUGAGGAGUUGUGUCCCAUCUCUGGCACCGUAAAGCCCGAGAUUCGUGGAAAAGCAAAACACUUGCUGCGGGGCUCCAUUUUUGGCUCCACCUCGCAAAAAGUGCCCGCCAAUCGCUAUGUGAACGGCGGCUAUGCCAUUGCAGUCGAAGUUCCUACUAGCACCAGUGGACCAGGAGGAACCAUUACCGAAUCUUCAGCGGACAAUGCUCAAAAGAGCGACAGCUCAUCUGAAAACUGCAUGUGGCCAAAUGCUCUUCAGUACUCCUUGUUGCAGACUGUGGUGGAGGCCUGCCAGAAGAAAAAGCACUGCAAGUUUCACGGAUCCCCACAGUUUUACGGACUGGGCGCCAGCGGAGUGGGCGAUUCAUCCGGCACCAGCAGCUAUCACAGCAGUACAGCCAGCUCCAAUGCAAUCAGCAACGACCCCUGCCCCAAGCGCAGGAAAAUCGUCGAAGUCGCCUACAAAUGUCGCCCAUAUGAGUUCCGCAGCAAGGUUGCCUGCCACAACGAUGUCGCCCAGCUGGAAUGCAAUCCAUACUCGCGGAUUGCCGUUUACAGUGCAAGCUUUGGACGCACGGAAUAUGAGAGCAUUCAGUGUCCACAGCCGCAGGGCGUCCGCGAGGAAACAUGCCUUGCCUCGUUCGCCACGGAGACUGUGAUGCAAAUUUGCCAUGGACGAAGGCGCUGCAACUUGGCCGCUGAUGCGAAUACCUUUGGUACCCCGUGUCAGCCAAACUCGCGAAUGUAUUUGAAGGUUGUUUACACAUGCGUGCCGAAGCAAGUGUUAAAGGAGAGCAACGAGUCAGAGGUGGAGGCUGACGAAAUGGAGGACUUUGAGGGCGACAUCAAUGACCUGUACGACGAUGAGCUCAUCUACAAAGAGUCGGAGGCCAUUCCCAAGCUGUACAGCAACACAACCAAAACAGUUGCAGGCAACGGAACUAGCGGCGGCGGUCUCGCUGCCAACUCCAAUCCAGAGGGUAUUCACACCGUAACAAACGGCUCACUGGACUCAGAUGUGGAUGGCAGUGGCGUCAAUCCGGUGAUGACACACAGCGCCGACUUAAGUCUGGAGGACGACCAGCAGCGUCUCUAUUUAUAUCUCUUAAUUGUCGGAUUGGUCGGUGUCCUCUUCUCCAUUCUGACUGUGGCCACGCGCCUUGUGCUACAGAAGCGGCGCAUGGCCAGUGACACGCAGUCCAAUUCAUCUACAAAAGGGGGCACCGCUGGAGGCCUGGGCGACGAGACGACCAUCCCAAGCGGCUUCAACGACACCAUUUCCGAGAUUGACGCCGACAUUGACCUUACCACUUCCAUACCAGUGCCCAGCGUAUCAAAAAACGAGAACUACAUCACUUACGCGCCUGCCAGCAGCUUGUAUACUAGCCUAGCGCCUAGCCAGCUGGCGACAGUUGGCGGACCCUGCACGGCCUCCGGUUUGAUUCCCAACCCCCUUUUAAUGGGUGCAAGGCAGUCGCCGGACCUCAUCGGCAUGUCGCCAAACACCUAUGUAGCUACAAGUAGCGCCGGCAGCGCACCUGCUGCACAGGGCUCCAUGGCGAGCAUUUUGACACCGGCUAUUGUAAUUGGCGGGAACGAUCCUAGUGGAACUUUGCCCGGAAGCAGUGGCUUAAACACCAUGUUGCCCAUUACAUCUCUGACCCAGUACACAACGGCGCCCACCAUUCGCGGUGGCUACAUCAUUAAUGCCGAAGCCAUGAGCGUGCUGCAGCGACCAAGCAACACACCGACCCCACCCUCCUCUUUAGCUAGCGGCUCACCGGCGCAUCCACCGACACAACAGCCGCCGACUACAUCGCCUCUAGCAAUGACAUCGCUAAGUCAUGUGCCUGCCCCUGGCACAUCAACAUUGCGCCGCACAAAGCCCGGUACCGCAGCUAUGCUCCAUCCUCAGCUGUCCUAUGAUGGCACGGCUCCGCGUACUCUAUCAACUGGUUUACCGGUGAGCUCGCAGUUUUAUUACGGAUGACCAAGCACGGGGGACUGUGAGUCUCACGUGUAUACUACAGCCGUCAACGUGACCACCCCUAACGUCCAUAGCUAUACCAGGCAGGAUGUCACAGGUACUCAGGCACAGUCCGUCGCUGCCUCCCAUUCAGACGCUGCUCAUGUGCCGGCAGCUAGGCCCUAGCCACAAGCCAACAAUGGGCCAACAGUACCCUUGGCCACUUCUAGCAUAAACGACAAUACAAAUCUACAGGGGAAUGAACUAAGCCCAGAGACCUCCUGCCAGAAUCGGAAUCAGCAACAACAACAACAACAACAGGUGUGUAACGAGUAGAUGGCUCUCAGAAUCUGGGCAACAAUGGCUGAUGUCUGUUUUUAAAAUAUAUGUAUACAUAAAUGUAUUUAAAUGGACGAGCUUCCUGCAACUGUAAAUUACUAAUGAGUGGAACGGACACGCACUUGCAAGGUUCUAGGUCAGUUCACAGUAAGGUGCAUUCGCAUAGAAAAGUUAGGGUAGAAUAAUUUGUAGGUUAAGCAUAGAAAUGUUGGUCUGUGCAGAGUUCUGCACGUGCGUGAAUGAUAUAACCUCCUGAUUUUACAUAUGCUCUCUUACUUCGAUAACCUUUUGAAUUUGCAUCCCUUUUGUAAUAAAAGCUGGGUUAAUUGCUUUUUUCUCAAUGUUUAAUUACCCAAUCGUUUUCAUGGCAACGGAACGAAUUACACAUUAGUGGGAACAACAAGCGCCAGGCACGACUCUCUAUGCCAUAAAAUUAUGCGAUCCAAGCGGACAAAUGAAAACAAAUUGCGGGAGACUCAUUUAAUGUUAUCAAUAAUGUAAACGCACGCAUAAAUAUAAACACACAGAUGCCAUGAAUACACAGCAAGAACAAGCCUCAGAAUAACAAACACUCACAUACAUCAAGGAUGCGAAGCAGCAAAAUUCCCAAAGUCGUUGGCAAAGGGAAAACUAAUGGGUUGUCAGAGCCGAGCUUUGGGAUGAGAUGCGAGCCUCAUAUAUGUACAUAACUCUAUAGAUGUGUGCGUGUACGCAUACACCCCCCAUAAAUAUCACGAUAUUUCCAUUUCGCUACCAAAAGGAAUCUUCAUAAUGGUCUACACCUAUAUAUGUGAAUGAGAGAGAGAGAGUGAGGAAGAGGGAGAGAGAGUGACCUAGAGUUCAUAGCUUUUGCGCAUGUGUGUAUGUGUGCGUUGAUUAGGGCGAUGAGGCUCAUAAACGCUUUAUUGGGGGGGCUAUCAUAGAGGACAGGUUACGUUGCAGGAGGUGCCAUCAUAACUCAACCACGCCGUACAACUUCUUGUAUGAGGGAUUCACGUGUGUGCAUAAUUCAGUGGUAUGUACUUCGGAUUAAUGCGCUUUAAAUGGAUGAACGUAAUUAAUAUCCGGCUCCCGAAUAGCUAGGCCUGGGGUAUAGGAAGCGUCUGGCCAGCGAGUUAGUGUAUUGCUCCUGCGUGCCAAGGUGAGUAGGUUUCUAAUACCAAUGCCUGCUUAGCUGGAUAUACCUUGCAGUUUAGGUCUGUGUGAAUGUGGGUGGGAAUGCUGCUGCAGACAACAUUUUAAGAGAUAGUCAUAGACUUGUAUCUUCUCCGUUGCAGAUUCAUAUCUGUAAAUGCUAUAUAUGUGUAUGUGCAAAUGCAUUCUACAGCAUUUUGAGUUUUUGUUGGUCUUGUCGGUUCUCAUCUCUUUGUUAAAGUUGACUCUAUUGUUUCAAAUGUCAAGUGCCUUCCUAAAUAGCAUCUAAGUGUGUUCUUUAAUAUAAGUUGGAGUGCAUCCAAUCAACGUGUAAAUAAUCAGAACAAAAUAGAUAUAUAUAUAUAUAUAGCCCAAAUACAAUACGAUAGUACUACUAUUCACGUUUUAAAAUAGCCACCCUACCCCCAAUUAGCCAAAUGUGUACAUAAGAUGUAUAAAAAAGAAACAUUCCGGAAAAUAGCACAAAUUAAGCAAACAAAUAGAUCGAAAUGCUGGCCGUAAUUAAAGUACAGUUGCAUCCAAAAAGAACCCGAACGGAAACAAAAACACACUUUACUAACUAGCAAAUUGUUUACAUGCGGUGUGUUUUUGUUCCUUUGGUUCUUUGUGGUCGGCUGUGAGUUGCAGUCUUCCCGGUUCGUGAAUAGAAUAGGGUAUGAUUGGAGUUAUCCAAUUACCAAAUAACAAUUAACGUAUUUUCACAAUAGAGAGGUUAUUUAAUAUAUGUAUAUAAAAUAUUCGUGUUUCGCUAAAAAUUAGCAAAUGAGCUCUGCGAAAUGCAUUAUGAAUAGGCAGUUAUCGGCUAGGCGAAUAGUUCGGGUACUUGGUAAUAUAACAACUAUUCGUAGAAUUAAAUCAUUAAAAAUACAUACAGGCGUAUAAUUAAAGACCCAAUGGCAUUUUGCAAUUCCAAUCGUACGUUUAGGUACUGCAUCAGGAAAUUCAAAAUGCUCGAUUAUAAAUAUGGAAAAUGUUAAUGGAAACCAAAGCAUAGAAUAAAGUUUCUACACUAACUAAAA